AUGGGAGGAAGAGCUUCCGUCGCCGGAGGAGGUGUUCGAGCUCUGAUUUUCAAGCCCCCGUUCUCGAGCAUCUCGCUGCUCUGGCUCCAUUUCAUUCGUCUUCUGGCUCGGCGACAUCAUACUUGGAGCAAGCAGAAACCAGAGAUAAGAAGGCCUUCUGAUCAGAAACCCAGUGAUUUUGACAGGUUUGCUAGGAUACUUGCAAACGUUUGA